AUUUAUUGAAAAGACAAUGAAGACAGAAUAUUUGCCCUGCCGCCUUUUAGGAACAACAACUGAAAAGGGUAAAGUAGAAUUAGGAGAGUCCAUAUAUAUAUAGUCGCAAUUAAUCAAUCUUUAUAUAGCUCUAAGUUUCUUUUUAAACUAUUCCAUGGCCUGGGUUAAAAGUUAAAUCGCUUUUUCAUGUCUCUGCAAUAUGUUGAUUAGGCCACCUGAACAAAACUAUUUAUUUAUUAGAUCAGUAGUACUAGUCCAAGGUUGCAUGCAUCUAAUUGUAGCAAGCAAUAGCAGAUGAGCGCAGUCUAAUUAAGGCGCCUGGGCUAUUUCAACCAGCCCAACCCUGAUGCAAAUUUCUCCUCCGUCUCCAUGCCCCUUAGUUGCUGUUAUUCUGAAUACUAUGUUUGUGUGUAUGUAUGUAUGUUGUUUAUGUUAAUCACAUGGAGAUAUAUAUAUAUAUAUAUAUAUUGCGAUCCGAUGACUUCUGAAAUAAGAUGAAGAUGAAGAUGAUGAUGAUGAUGAUGUUCUUCUUGUCAGUGCUUAUUAUAAUAAGUGCUGCUGCAGCUGUUGAUGUUGUUAGUACAGAAGACUCCUCCUCCUCCUCCUCCUCCUCCUCAGAGUACUCCUCCUCCUCAGAGUACUCCUGGCUCUUGAGGAUAAAAUCAUCGGCACUCGUAGAUCCCACAGGAGUUCUCAACAAUUGGUCUCCUAGAAGAAGAGAUGUGUGUAGCUGGAACGGAUUGACAUGUUCUCGUGAUGAUGAUCAAACCCAUGUUGUGGCCCUCAAUCUUUCUUCUUCCCGACUUUCGGGUCUCAUCUCUCCUCUUCUCUCUCGCCUCACUUCACUUCAAACGCUUGAUCUGUCCAUGAAUUCCCUUUCUGGUUCCAUUCCCCGUGAGCUCGGCCAGCUUCAGAGUCUAAGGAAACUGCUACUUUUCUCAAAUUUUCUCUCUGGUGGGAUUCCCGCAGAGCUUGGCCUUUUGAAGAACUUGCAGGUUCUUAGAAUAGGGGAUAACAUGUUAACUGGCCAACUUCCCCCACACAUUGGUCAGUUGGGAGAGCUGAGAGUUCUUGGUCUUGCAUAUUGCCAAUUAAAUGGAAGCAUUCCAGUUCAAAUUGGACAUUUGAGGCGCCUAAAAUCUCUCGAUUUGCAGAACAACAGCCUUGGUGGAGCCAUACCAGAAGCCAUCAGUCAUUGCACAGAACUCGAGAACUUUGCAGCAUCUAAGAACAUGCUUGUAGGAGAAAUACCCGCUUCCCUGGGAAAGCUUCAGUCGCUGCAAGUCCUGAAUUUAGCCAACAACAGCCUCUCUGGCUUGAUCCCAACCCAGUUGGGGGACCUCUCCAACUUGAGGUACCUCAACUUGCUUGGAAAUCGAUUGAGUGGAGAAAUCCCUUCAGAGCUUAACCGAUUGUCUCAGCUUGAGAGCCUCGACUUGUCGGGAAAUAACUUGUCAGGCACCAUUGGCCUCCAGCUGAAGAAUCUUGAGGUUCUUGUUCUGAGGAAUAAUUUGUUGACAGGAACCGUUCCAAGCAACCUCUGCACUGCAGCAAAUUCAAACUUGAGGCAACUUUUUCUGGCUCAAAAUAAGCUCUCUGGCAAAUUCCCCUUGGAUUUACUCAACUGUUCAUCUCUUCAAGAAUUGGACCUUUCUGAUAACAACUUUGAAGGAGAGCUACCGUCUGGCAUCGACAAACUAGAGAGUCUCACAGAUCUCUUACUCAACAACAACAGCUUUUCUGGAACUCUGCCUCCUGAAAUUGGGAAUUUGAGUAACUUGGUUAGCUUUUAUCUCUUUGACAACUUGAUCACAGGUGAACUUCCAGUUGAAAUUGGGAAACUGCAGAGGCUGAGUGUUCUUUAUCUCUACGAUAAUCACAUAUCUGGAACCAUACCAAUGGCACUAACAAACUGUUCAAGCUUAACGGAGAUUGAUUUCUUCGGAAACCAUUUCUCAGGGCCCAUUCCUCCAGCAAUUGGGAAGCUGAAGCAGCUAGUUUUCCUUCAACUCAGGCAGAAUGAUUUAUCGGGUCCAAUCCCGCCAAGCUUGGGCUACUGCAGGAAGCUUCAGACACUGGUUUUGGCUGACAACAAGCUCUCGGGAUCACUGCCACCGACAUUUAGAUUCCUCUCGGAGCUUUCCCUCAUUUCUCUUUACAACAACUCAUUUGAUGGUCCCAUCCCUCCAACUCUCUCCCUUCUGAAGAACCUCACAAUCAUUAACUUGUCUCACAACCGGUUUACUGGAAGCAUCUUUCCUCUCACCGGUUCGAGGAACCUGACACUACUAGACUUGACAAACAACAGCUUCUCGGGUUCUAUUCCUUAUUCUGCCUUAUCCAUUUCGAAAGAUCUAGCCCGUCUUCGCCUGGCACAUAAUCUUCUUUCUGGAGGAAUCAACUCAAAAUUUGGCCAACUCACAGAGCUCAACUUUCUUGAUUUGUCCUUCAACAAUUUGACAGGAGAGUUGGCACCUGAGCUCUCAAACUGCAAGAAACUAGGCCACCUCCUACUCAGCGACAACCAAUUGUCAGGCACAAUUCCGCCAUGGUUAGGAACCUUGCAAGAACUCGGCGAGUUUGAUAUUUCAUCAAACAAUUUUCAUGGCAAGGUACCUGCAGAACUUGGCAACUGUUCAAGAUUGCUUAAGCUCUCUCUCCACAGCAACAAACUGUCGGGCGAAAUCCCAUCUGAGAUAGGAGAUCUCACUUCUCUGAAUGUCCUAAGCCUGCAUAGGAACAACUUUUCGGGGUCCAUUCCACCGACAAUUCAACAGUGCCAGAAGCUCUUCGAGCUAAGGCUGUCUGAAAACCGGCUAACUGGUUCGAUCCCGUCGGAACUAGGAUCCCUGACAGAAUUGCAAGUGAUCUUAGACCUGAGUAGAAAUUUCCUGUCAGGGGAAAUUCCGGCUUCCCUUGGGAGCCUUGUCAAGUUAGAGAGAUUGAACCUGUCAUUCAAUCAGCUGCAAGGGCAAGUGCCAGCAUCUCUUGGGAAGCUGAAGAGCCUCCACAUGCUUAACCUGUCCAAUAAUCAUCUCCAAGGCCAAAUUCCUGAAACCUUUUCGGGAUUCCCACUCAGCUCCUUCUUGAACAAUGACAGGCGGCUAUGCGGCCCACCAUUAGCAGCAACGCCAAUGUGCAUGCAGUCAUCAACAACGGAACAGAAGGAGAUCGAAAAGUCACUAUCCAACACUGCUGCUGUGGGGAUUGUUGUGGCCAUUGUGUUCACUUCUACACUGAUCUGCUUGCUCUUGCUUUAUAUCAUGCUAAGAAUAUGGUGCAACUGGAGAAGGGUUUCGAUUUCCAUUUCGAGCUCUGACGCUGGCCUUGAACACAAUAAACUACAAGAGGAGAACUGGGUGGUAUAUGGAGAGCUGGAAACGAGUAGGAAUAAUAAUAGUAAUAUUGAUCAUGACCACUGGAACUCCAUGGCACUUAUUCCUUCAACACACUAACAACAGUGCUCUACAAAUACUUGCAUUUUCCACCUCAAAACUGAUAUACAAACCGACCAGGGACCAUUCGUUCUCUAGGUCCAGCUAAAAUUUCCGUUGUAUAUUGCUUUUUUCUUCUUCAUUUUUCUUUGUUUUCUAUUUAUCAAUCAAUGCCACAAAGGCAAUAUUCAUGUUCUUGUUUCCAGAUUUGUGUUCUUGAUAACGGCUGCUGUGUAAGUAUGGUCUCUCUAUAAUUUCUAAAAUUAGAGAGCACGAUCUCUAUAAUUACGCUAAA